AUGCACACACUUCUUAUGUGUAUGUUUAGUAUCCAAUCUUGUUAUCUGAAAUGCACACACUUCUUUAUGUGUAUGUUUAGUAUCCAAUCUUGUUAUCUGAAAUGCACACACUUCUCACUUCAGAAACCACCCUCUCCCUCUAUCACUAAUCCUUCCACCUUCUCUCCCACUGACACCUCCUAGACACCAAACCAAGUACAGAGGUCCCUAUUGCUGACCUCCUUAGCUUCACUGCACAACAACAACAACAAUGUGUCAAACUCCCAUCUCUGAAGACCUCACUCAAUUGGCC